GACUCUAGCUGCAGCUAGCGCCAUGGCCAUGGACGACGUCGUGGGGAAGGUCGCGAGCUGCUUGGGGCUACUGUUGCUGGCCCUGCUGCCCGCCGUGCUCGUCAGCAAGCUGGCGGCGGCGAAGCGCCGCGGUGGUGGGGAGAGGCUGCCGCCGGGGCCGUGGCGGCUGCCGGUCGUCGGCAACCUGCACCAGAUCAUGGCGGGCGGUCAGCUCGUGCACCGCACCAUGGCCGACCUGGCGCGGCGGCUCAACACGCCGCUGCUGUCGCUGAAGCUCGGCGAGGUCCCCGUCGUCGUCGCGUCGUCGGCCGACGCCGCCAGGGAGAUCAUGAGCAGGCACGACGUGAAGUUCGCCUCGCGGCCAUGGAGCCCUACCGUCCGGGUCCAGAUGGUCGACGGCGAGGGGCUGGGGUUCGCGCGCUACGGCCCCAUGUGGCGGCAGCUCCGCAAGAUCACCGUGAUGGAGCUGCUCAGCGCCCGCCGCGUCCAGUCGUUCCGCCGUGUGCGGGAGGAGGAGGUCGGCCGCCUCGUCGCCGGCGUGGCAGCGGCGCGGCCCGGCGAGGCCGUGAACGUCGGCGAGCGCCUCACCGUGCUCAUCACCGACGUCGCAGUGCGCACAGUCAUCGGCGACCGGUUCGAGCGGCGGGAGGAUUUCCUCGACGCCGCCGCCGAGUGGGUCAAGAUCAUGUCGGGGUUCAGCCUCGGCGACCUGUUCCCGUCGUCGAGGCUCGCCAGCUUCGUCAGCGGCACGGUGCGCCGGGCAGAGGCAAACCACCGCAAGAACUUCGAGCUGAUGGACUGCGCACUCAAGCAGCACGACGAGCAGAGGGCGGCCGCUGCCGGCGCUGUGGACGACGAGGACAUCGUCGACAUGCUUCUCAGGAUUCAGAGGGAAGGAGGUCUCGAGGUGCCCCUCACCAUGGGCGUCAUCAAAGCCCUCAUCCGUGAUCUUUUCGGUGCCGGGAGCGAGACAUCGGCGAAUACGCUACAAUGGGCUAUGUCCGAGCUAGUCAGGAAUCCAAGAGUGAUGCAAAAGGCACAAGCUGAGCUACGUGAUGUCCUUCGUGGAAAGAAAUCGGUGUCAGAAGAUGACUUGGCUGUACUAAAAUAUCUGAAGCUUGUCAUCAAGGAGACCUUAAGGCUACAUCCUGUGGUGCCGCUGCUCCUCCCAAGAGAAUGUCAAGAAACAUGCAAGGUCAUGGGCUAUGAUGUGCCAAAGGGUACCACUAUGCUCGUGAACGUGUGGGCAAUCUGUAGAGACCCUGUGCACUGGGAAAAUGCGGAGAUGUUCAUACCAGAGCGAUUUGAGAAUAACAGUGUGGACUUCAAGGGCACGGACUUUGAGUUUACACCAUUCGGAGCAGGGCGAAGGAUGUGCCCUGGUAUAGCAUUUGCACAGGUUGCCAUGGAAAUUGCUCUAGCUUCGCUCCUCUAUCAUUUUGAUUGGGAGCUUUCCAAUGGCGUAGUACCAACCGAUCUGGAUAUGGAGGAGGAGAUGGGCAUUACUAUCCGAAGGAAGAAUGAUCUUUACCUUGUUCCAAUUGUUCGUGUGCCUUUGUAGUCUGCCUCAUAGCUGCUUUAUACAAUACAUCUCUCCUUUGACUUGUACCUGUCAAUGGAGAGCAUUUCGUUGUGUUUCUAGCCCUUAUGGCGUUUUGGUGCUAGACUUUUGAACAUUAUGUGGAAUAAGUACCAGUGUAAUUAUAUGUGAAACUAUAAUUAAAGGUUUAAUA